GAAACGUCAUGUAAGAAAUCCCGACCUGGUCUGACUUCCUGCCCCGGGGCCUCAGGCUCUGGACACGCGCCAGGGAGGCGUCGCCCGGCCGCGUCGGAGCCGCUUCCUGGGCGCAGUGGGCGCGGGCUGCCCCGGCUGCGCGGGUGCCGAGAAGCGUGAGGCGCGGGGAUUGCGCACCUGGGGUGGCCCUGGCGCGCGGGCGGCGACAUGGAGGACGGAGUGCUCAAGGAGGGCUUCCUGGUCAAGAGGGGCCACAUUGUCCACAACUGGAAGGUGCGAUGGUUCGUCCUUCGGCAGAACACGCUGGUGUACUACAAGCUUGAGGGGGGUCGGAGAGUGAACCCUCCCAAGGGCCGGAUCCUCCUGGAUGGCUGCACCAUCACCUGCCCCUGCCUGGACUACGAAAACCGACCACUCCUCAUUAAGCUGAAGACUCAAACGUCAACAGAGUACUUCCUGGAGGCCAGUUCUCGAGAGGAGCGGGACGCCUGGGCCUUUGAGAUAACUGGGGCUAUUCAUGCAGGGCAGCCGGGGAAGGUCCAGCAGCUGCACAACCUGAGAAACUCCUUCAAGCUGCCCCCCCACAUCAGCCUGCAUCAAAUUGUGGACAAGAUGCAUAAUAGCAGCAGCGGAAUCCGUUCAAGCCCCAACAUGGAGCAGGGGAGCACCUACAAAAAGACCUUCCUCGGUUCCUCCCUGGUGGACUGGCUCAUCUCCAACAGCUUUGUGGCCAGCCGUCUGGAGGGGGUGACCCUGGCCUCCAUGCUCAUGGAAGAGAAUUUCCUCAGCCCGGUGGGUGUCCGGAGCAUGGGAGCCAUUCGCUCUGGGGAUCUGGCCGAGCAGUUCUUGGAUGACUCCACGGCCCUGUAUACUUUCGCUGAGAGCUACAAAAAGAAGAUAAGCCCCAGGGAAGAAAUUAGCCUGAGCACUGUGGAGUUAAGUGGCAUGGUGGUGAAACAAGGCUACCUGGCCAAGCAGGGGCACAAGAGGAAAAACUGGAAGGUUCGACGCUUUGUUCUGAGGAAGGAUCCAGCUUUCCUGCAUUACUAUGACCCUUCCAAAGAAGAGAACAGGCCAGUGGGUGGGUUUUCUCUUCGUGGUUCACUUGUGUCUGCUCUGGAGGAUAAUGGUGUUCCCACUGGGGUUAAAGGGAAUGUCCAGGGAAACCUCUUCAAAGUGAUUACUAAGGAUGACAAACACUAUUACAUUCAGGCCAGCAGCAAGGUUGAGCGAGUCGAGUGGAUUGAAGCUAUCAAAAAGCUAACAUGACAAGGACCCGAGGAACCAGGAUUCUUCCCUCCUACCAGAUGACACAGACAGGAUUUCCUGGAGAAUGGGAGUGUGUUGAGACUUGACUUCUUUGUAUGUUUUGUACUUCUUUGGAGGGUGAAUGCUGAAGAGUUCCUCGGAUUAUAAACAGCAGUGGUGCCAUUUCCUUCCCCAUCUUCAUGUUACAACCUGGAAAGGCUAGAACAGCCAUUAGGUGUCAGCAUCUUGAGUUUUACCCAGCAUCACAAACAGCCAUUCCCUUGGGCACUAAAAUAGUUUCUCUUUGUUGGAACAAUUACCCUGGCCAUGCCAUAAUGCUGAAUAAAACUCUUCUUAUGCAGUUCUCUCUUAACUUCUUUGGAAUUAGUAAAAACUGACUUUUGUUUCUGGUUAUUGGAAUCCUAUGCAAAGUUUUAUAGUUUUCAAGCAACAUUUCAAGCAUCUCUGUCCCUAAGACAUACUUCAUCUUAAAGUGGGGAUGGUGGCAAAACUUUGAACAUUCAGAGAAUAUUGUUUUGCUUUGGAAAACAAGUCUGCAUAAAUAUACAUUACAGAAGUCAUGGACUCUGUCAGAGAACUUAAUCACAUAUACAAAAAAUAAAUACAUAGUUUUUCCAUGAAAAAUGGGCAUUUAGAGAUGGAGAGUAAGAGUGUGCUAAAGGACAGAGAAAGAUGUAAAUGGGGAAGACUUAAAUCAAGGCAUUGAAUUUUGGUUUUAAAAUGAACAUUAGCUGAGACAAAUGGCACCAAGAAAUUUUACCAGUGGGGAGGUUAAUCUAUAGUGAAAAGUCUGUAUCAUACAAUACUUUUAAAGAACAUUUUUAUUAUUUUCAAGUUUGUACAGUAUCUGGCACAAGUUAUUGCCAGCAUUCUUGCCAAGUACAAAUGCUUGGAACUCCCCUUAAUCAACAGAUAAAUACAUAACUUACAUUUAAGGGGAGUGGAUUACUUCAAAGUGCUUAGGUAAAAAUUUGUCCUCUUAGUUUGAACUCUUAAUUGUAUCUAAAACACUGACCUGAAUGAGAAAUCUCAAGCUAAUGUUUUACUUAUUCCUUAUAUGGUAAGAGACUGACUACCUUUUAAAGUACCAUUUUCCAUUUGGCAUUUCACCAAGGUCUAAUGUCCCUGGAAUUAGUUUGCUUUGCCUUUUGAAUAUUGACAGGUGUUUAUCUGAAUUAAACUACAUUUGGCUUGAUGGCUUCCUGCAUCAAAAUUGGCACAAGUAUACCUCACUUUGGGAGCUAUCAGGAUCUCCAUGGCUUGGAAAGUAGAUGACCAUUACCUUGGGGCAAAUCAAUGAACAAGUCUCAGCAAGGUACUGGCACCUACAUUUUAAAAAACUCUCUAGCCAUUUUGUUCUUGGUGUAAAAGUAGAAUGGCUGGAGUAUGGCAGCUGAGAAAUGUUCUGCUUAGCGUGAUGCAGUGCUUAGCAUGUCUCUAUGGGUCCGUCUUUGAAUAUUAUGCACUUCAGAACUGGUUUGUCUUGUUUUGCUAUAAAACUAAUAUGAAAAAUGAUUUGGGCGGGGCAUGCUGGAUCACACCCUCAUGAAGGCAGAGGUGGGAGGAUAGCUUGAGCCCAGGAUUUUGAGACCUGCCCAGGCACCGUAACACCAUUUGCCAGGAAAAAAAAAGGAAGAUAAGUGGUUUCAAUGUUCAAUUUCCUCCUGGCCAUCGAUUUUCAAUUAACUUAUGCAUAAACGAGACCCAAACUAUCACUAAUUUUCAGCUAUGAGUUGAUAGCCACUUGACCUCAAUGAAAGGCAGAGUGGGAAAUAGAUGAAAUUGUAUUUUAAAUGGACUUUGAUGGGAGAUUCAAGAUUUUUGGUUGGUUUUUUUUUGAGACAGGGUCUUGCCUUUUCACCCAUGCGGGAGUGCACUGGAGUGAUCACAGCUCACUGCAGUCUAAACCUCUUGGCCUCAAGUGAUCCUCCGGCCUUGGCUCCCUAAGUGCCAGGAUUGCAGGCAUGAGCCACCAUACCUGGCAGAAAUUCAAGAUUUGGAUGAACUGUUCACUUCUUUGCCAAGCCUAUUCUUCAACUUAUUUGGAGCUGGGUGUACAACUCGUCCUCAUAUGUAUCUUGUCCCUGCUGUCUUUUAGGUUAGCAAGGUAUAUGCAUGCUUUGUUCUUUUUCUCAUGGUAUCAGUGAAAUAUUGAUCUUUCUCUAGCUAGGGUCAAUUUAUAAAAUUGUCAUGGAACCAAGCAAAAGGCCCACAUAGAAUAAAAAUCACUUACCAUGGAAGCCACCAGUAUUUUUCAAGUUAUGGCUUUUGAAGUAUAACAAAUUUCAGUAAACAAAAUCAAAAGAAAAAAAUUCCUCUGUGUACAACAAAGGAGCACCUGUUAUAUUUUGAAUGCAUUCUUCAUGUUGCCACCUUUAUAAACUUGGUUUUUUGAUGCUUUGACAGACAUAAGUGAAAAUUAUGUGUCAAUCUUAAGUACAUCAGUUUUCCUCUACAUAGUCUUAAUGCAAAAUGCUGGCUGGCAAUCAGGGCUCUUAGAAACAGCCUUUGGAAGUUAAACUUUUGGAUUUCAAAAGCUAGUACAGACUGCUAUAUUUAACAAAAGGAACAAACCUUCAUAAAUGAUACAAACUAUCUGCCCAACACAUUCUUCUAUUUUCCAGGCCCUUUAACAUUGAGUAAAGUCUAAUCUUGGACUGACUAUGGUGGGUUAGGUCUAAUCUAAGUAUUUUAAUAGUUAUCUGGGGAUAAUGAAUAAAAUCAAAUACAACCGGUACCUCAAGUAUCUUAAGAGAAUAAAUUUAUGAAGACAAGUAGACUGAAGCAACUCAAGAUUUCCUACACCUGACUAAAUAAUGUGUUACCUAUAAAACUUAUUAUGUACAAAUUAGUUCUUGAAGACAGAAGUAAAUGUGGGGAAAAAAAAAAAGCACCGUAA